AUGCCAGUCCUGCUGCGCUCCUUCGGCGGCAUCGGCGGAGGUCGGCAGCAGCAGCACCGUCCAGCUUCCGCGCAGAAUUCACAGGUUUCCUUCCCUUCCCAAUGAAUAUGAAACAUCGGAUCAGGUUUAUUUCCUAUAAGACCAUCUAGAGGUUCUUACGUCACUUUAGGGAUCACUUGAAAACUCAAAGUGUCUGAAAGAUCCUUCUCUGGUGUCUGUGCUUUAAAUUUUCCUAUUGUUUUUCCAAAACUUAGCGUCAUUUGCUUAAAAAUUCUUCAAAUCGAAGUCUUUUUUCCAAUUUUUUUUUUGCUAUCAUGCUAUACAUAAAGGUUAAGUUCAAAAGUUUGGCCAUAAAUUUCUCUUUUUUUAAAGUUUAACAAGUAGUUUAUAGCGAGCUUUCAAAGCUUCAAGAGCAUCGUGUGAUCAAAAAUGACUCGAAAAAAAAGUUUUGCUUGAAAUUUUACCUCUUUCCCAUGCGUUUUCUCCACCAACCAUGUCAAAACGAACCAAGAUUUCCUCCAAUCCAACCCUUUGUCCAUGGUGAUUGAUUGUCUAAACCCGUUUUCGGCAGCUCGGCGAGCACGGGAGAACCAGCAGCAACAGCACAAAUCGACGAGUUUCGCAGCUUUCGGCGACCCCGAGCACUGCCGACGCUCUCCAUGAGCGGAUUCUUCAGGUUCUUUCUAGGGAAAAGAGGUUUUAGUGGUCUUUAUAGGGUUUUUUGAAGUGAUGGUUAGAGUGGUCACUAUAGUGUACAGAAGAAUUUGUUCGGCUCGGUGGUCACUUCAGGGAUUAAAUGCGUACUUUAUUUGAAACUUCGUGUUUCUGAAGAUCGACCAGAUGAAAAUAUCAGAAGUUUUUCCAAACGGAUUAAUUUUGAAUUCAAAUCGUCCAUUUUUUUUUUUUCGAAAAGUAGGAAAUUAAGAUGGAUUUCCGGAUUCCCCAUUUAAAAUAUUUGAGCAAGCUUACGAAGGCCCUGACGGACCCGAAACUCCAAUUACUUAAGUGACCACUAUUAUCAGCUCCUCUCAAGAUACCAGUGAUAUCUCGAAACCUUCUAAAAACCGCUACACCCUUUCUCAGUCGCCCAAACUAUAAUUUUCAAAAAUAAUAUUUUGGUCAAUGACCAGGACCCUUGAUGGAAUUUCCAUGUUAAGAACAUUCCUGAAAGCUUUUAUAGAACUGCACGAAGCAAACAGACUUGUACAAAGCGAUCGAUUACCUUGAGUACAAGGUUGGCGGCGACUCCGUAGAUACUCAUUCUUUCUUACUGUAGCCCUCCCAAUCCAUUCCCGAAUGCGGUGCCCUUCACCUGAGUACUACCCUUUUCUGUCUUGUGAAUGUCCGUAGUUGCCUGCAAUUCAAAACAGAAAAAUCACUUUUUCAAAGGAUCAAUCGAGGAUUUCAGAGCAGAGUUCAUGCGAAUGAUGCAGCUGUACAACAGGAAAAGAAGCUCAAUAUACGAAAAAUUUUCCAAGAUGCCUAUAAAAGAUAUCAUAUCAAGGUGAGUUAUAGCCUGUUGAAAAAAGAGCCCAGGCUAAUUUUAUGUAGUUCUUCAAACACAGAUGAUUUUUUAGUAGCAUUUUAGGGGUUAGACAAAAGCUCCAAGCUUGAAAAAACAUUAGCAAUGGUUUUUGAACUGACUAUUUUUAAAGAAUUAUGGUCUUUUUCAUCGAAACUUCAAGGAAAUUCAAAAAAGUUACUUUUCAGUAUCUAUUCCCUUUGAUUUUUAUCAUGUUCUACAUGCUGAUUGGGGCCUUCAUCUUUUAUUUCCUGGAAAGCGGGACAGCAGAAGACGUGGCCGCCGGCGAAGCAGCUAAAUAUAAGUGAGUAAUGAAUAAAAAUCGCCAGUUUUUCAUGGAUUACUUUAGCCGCCAUUCAUUCAUCAAAAAAUCACAAAUCAAGGAUGUAAGAAUGAAAAUAACUUAAAAAUCAAACUUUCCAAGAAAAAAAUAAAAAGAAUGUAGAAAAUUCCCACUGAAAUGUUCUCUUUUUUAAGUUAAAAACCUACUUUUGCAACACAACGACGCAAAAUUGCAGCCACGACGCGCCUUAACGCGCAAAAAAAUAAAAAAAGGGGCAAAUUUAUAUAAAUCGGAAGUUCAGACGCAUUUAGCUCUAAAAUUCACUGCAAGACAUCAUUAUUAUUGAAAACAGCAUUAUAAUUUUUAAUAUAUUUAUAUAAUAAUAUUUAUUUCAUACACAAGAAAAAAAGGCAUUUUGUUUUUGAAUACCCCAUAUUCUGUGGUUUACUUCGUGUAUGGCUCAGUUUCCGCUGUUUUCAGAAUUUACAGGAUUAUAUAUCUGUAUCCUCGGUUUGCAGACAGGAACGUCGACGGCUUCUUUUGCGACUGGAAGAAGUGAUUCGCGACAAAAGUCUCUCAGGUCCCCGGAAGUUCGGAGCCCGAAAAGAUGCUUUCCAAGAAGCUGUCAAUCACUAUGAAUCGCAGCUUCAGUUCGCCGUUCGUUUUAUAAUGCUUUUUUGAAUUAUCUUAGUGAGAAUGUUUAAUUUAUAGGUGAAAGACGAGUCCCAGUGGUCUUUCAUGUCGGCCAUGUACUUUGCCGGCACUCUCUUCACCACAAUCGGUAAUUUUUUUAGGGGACAUUUGACAUUUUUUCACUAGUUUCAUGAAAAAGACGCUCCGGAUUCCUUUCCGAUCUUUUUUUCAGAGAUUGUGAUUUUUUUUUCAGUCUUCAAGACCUGUUCAGAUUUACUUUUCACUAUUUCUACAGCAAUUAGCGCUUUUUCAAUGAGAAAAUAACUUCAAGGAACCCAAUUACUUUUCCAAACCUUCAGGAUCUUGCUCGAAUUUUUUAGGAUACGGCGACAUUGCAUGUCUGACGACGUCCGGUCGAAUCCUUACCGUCAUUUAUUCUUGCGUUGGAAUCCCUCUUAUGCUCAUCACCUUGAACGACUUGGGCAAAUUUCUCUACAACAACAUCAAUGGAUGUGUCAAGGUUUCCGGAUUUGAAAUACUAAAUUUGUUUGGCUGAAAUUUGAUCUUUGAGUUCCUUUCAUAGUUAUUAUUUUUUUCUAACAAAGAAUUUUUUUGAUCCCUGUGAACUUUUUGAUCAGAAUUCACAGAAUUUAAAAUUUUUAAAAAUAUACUGACUUUAGAAAAAGUUUGCAAUGUCAUGGAAAAUAGCGGCAUUUGAGUAUUUUGAAGUGUCGUGAGUCAAAUAAUGACCUAUUCCGUGACAUUUUUCUUCUCUUUCUCCAGAUUAAGGAUACUCUACAGUGUCUCAGCAUUAUUUCAUUCGUGGGCUUAAAAGUUUUUCUUUCAGGGUUUCGAAGAUUUUGGCGCCUACCUCGGUGUGAUGAAGAUUUGCGGACGGAGGAGAGAAAUCGGCAAAGUUGAUGAGGUUUUUUGUAGACAUUUUUCUUUAGGAAAACUUCAGUUUCAAAAGGUUUUUCUCUAGAAACCAAUUUGCCUCCCCCUAUAUUUUGCAAGCUUUAGUAGCCCCUAUAGGGGACCAUUCUAGUCGUUUAUUGUUAUGAACUCUAUGAGGAGAAAAGUUUAUAUUCUUUUUAUCCGGAUUUGUUUGAAAGAACCAGGAACAGGAAUAAUCAAAUUCUGCCAAAGUAAUCGUUGAAAAGUUUCAGUUAGUGGCACUGGAGUCAGGAGAAGCUGUUCAACCUGAAGUUUCAUCUCUGGCUUCUGAAGCAGGAAGUCUACAUAAUGAAUCGGAACUUGAACUAGAUGUGGAAAAUAUGGCGCCCAGAAUGAGUGUCAAGGUUUGUUUUGAAAAGUAAAAGAUUCAAGUUUUUUUUUUGGAUUUCAAGAAAUUAUUGGGAAAUCUUGCCCAAGCGAAUUUUUGAAUUUCUUUCACUCACCUUUUACAAGAAAAGGGUUUGCUGGUCGGCUUUAAUUCAUCUUUUUUCUGAAGUAUACUCUGACCUUUUCCGACUUUUUUUUUAUCUCCUUGAAAGGUCCUUUUCGAUGAAAAUCCACGAAAAGGCGAAAAAUAGUUUUUUCGUAAUAGCUUCUCUAUCUCAUCUUCUAUGAAAAAAGAUAUUUUAAUCGACUUUUCAUCUCUUCUUUUCUGGAAAUUAUCAGGAAUCUCUCCUCCAAGAGCUUUUGUCUCCUUGAAAAGGGCCUUUCCUAUGAAAAGUCCAAAAAGACAAGGCACAAAAAUGGUCUUUUAAAAAGCUUCUUUGAUAUAAUUUCAAACGUUUCGCUUGCAAGCAGAAAAAGAACUAUCCUUAUUUUCCAGGUCGCUCUCGGCAUCACGAUCGGCUGGAUUUUCUUCUGCUCGGCUCUUUUCAAAAUCUGGGAGGACUGGACUUACGGCGAGAGUCUCUACUUCAUGUUCAUUUCUCUAUCGACGAUAGGACUUGGAGAUAUUUCUGUCGCUCGGAGGGAGUUCGUCUUCGGAUUUUUCUUUUUUUCCGUUUCGAUUUUAAAUGUACUUCUUGUGUAUUUUUCUCAUUCUAUCUCUUUAGUAUUAUUAUUAUUCUUAUCUGUUUUUCGGAAAGUUUAGGCUUAAGCAGGCCAGUCAAUAGUUAGAGAAAACUUUUUUUUUAUUUCAACACAAGUUUUUCUGAUUUAUUUUGAGCAUUUUCGGCUUGGCUUCAUCCAAAAUUUUGCGUAAAACCGAUUUCAUCCCGACAAAGAUUGUAAAUAAAUUCCCUUCAGCAUGAUGGUUCUUUGCUUCGCUUUCGUUAUUGUGGGCUUGUCGUUGGUGAGCAUGAGUAUCAAUGUUGUACAGGUACGAUUUCGUCUUCUUGAUAAUAAAAAAAAGGUAGAGAUCAACAUGACCUGAAGAGACGCCAGGGAAUCAGAUAAUCAAACAUUUCUGGCGUCUCUUCAGUCGCCAUUGUUCUCUCGCUUCCAAAUCCUUUGGGUCUCUUUUUUCCAGUAAUACUCAUUGAAAGUCUAAUAGAUUUCCUGAUACCCUUGAAAAAACUGAACCUAUUUAGAAGUGUUGGAAAAAUAUCCUGAAACUUACCAAUUUAAGUCCAAUCAAUUAAAGUGAGAAGCCAAAUUUCUGCAUUCCAGGUGGCCCUUGAAGAAUUCUACGUUUCAAUGAUGAUGAAGCUGAUCAUGGAGUACCAGGAAAAGUUGGCGGCUGGGGGAGAUCAAAUGGGCGCCUCCGUCGGAAUGAUGCGCAUGUGGGGCAAUAAUCGGGCCGCCAAGCUCCUCAUGCCCCUCAUGAGGUCGGACCUCCAGUUUGAAACUGUAGAAACUUAAAUUUCAGCAAGGAAAAGCGCCGGAUAGCCAUGGCGAAGGUCGAGCAAGAGGCCAAGAAGGAAGGCAUCGAAGUUCCCGCCAUCCUCACUGAUUUGGAUGAGAAAACUGGUAGGGAAAGUCUCAUUAAAGUCGUAGGAAAAAAAAUCUCGGACUUUAAAUCUCUUCACUGUAAUACAUUCUUUUGAAAGAUAAAAUUGUUUUCGAUGUGAUUUAUGCUCUCAAAUAUAAGCGAUGCAGAGUUCUAAUCUCCAUUUUCCGAAUUUUCUUGUAUUUUUGAAAAAGAGCUUUCUUUUUUUGAGGGUUGAGUCUUAUUCUAAAAAGCUCUGCUGAUUAGAAACUCGAGCGGAAAAAAAUAAUUUUUUUCAAAGAUCUUCUAGGAAUAUCUAAAAUUUCGUUUUCAAUGAAAGUUUUUUUUGUCAAUGAUCGUAGAUUUUCGAAGAGCCUUGCUGGGAAUUCAGAACUCGGGUCACUCGAAAAUGCUUGAAGAAAAAUGGGAUAAUAUUAUAGUCCAUUCCGUGCCAGUGCGCCUUUAAUUUAUCACAUGCGCCUUUAAAAUAGCUUUGAGAUGUUCGUUAUAUCAAAGGCGCAAGCAUAGAAAUUGCAUUUUGCAUUUUCUAAGGAGAGCACAUGUAGCUCGUAGUGAAAAAAAGUGACAAGGUGGCGCGGAAUGGGCUACAGUUCCAUUAUAAAAGAUUUUAAAAAUGUUUCCUUUCGCGAAAACUUUGUUUUAUGGCUCCUGGAACUCUCUAAAUUCAUGGUCUAUUGUCUAGGUAUGCCAAAACUCCUCCUGUUAGAAGAGCACAAGGAAGGAGCCGAACCGCCCAAGGCCUUGGAGGAAAUGGUCCAAAAACAGGUAGGCUUGAUUAUUCUACUUGCUUUUCUUGUGUAACAUAAAGUUCUGAGGAAAACAGGUGUAGUGAUAAAUCUUCAAAGGACUCACUAGGGAACUACUCGGACUCGGGUACGCCGAUCGAGUUCAAACUUUAGGGGUUUAUAGACCUAAGUGAGAAUACUUGAAAACAAGAGAGAAUAUCUGCUAAACCCGAUAGAAAACUGAGAAAAAAUUAGUAGAAACUGUGAAAAUUAGGCCUAAAAAUUUUCAGAAUACUGCUUUUCACCUUAUUUUAUAUUUUAAUACAAUCGUCUUGAAUGAUCCGGCUAUGAUAAACUCAAAAAAACUUUUCUCCAGUCAAAAGAACGAGGAAAGCGAAAAUUUUACAAUUUUCAAGCCUUAACUGUUCAUUUUCAAAAAGCUUUCUCUCAGAAGCCUAUGGGAUUUAGCAGAUAUUCUCUCUUGUUUUCGAGUACUCUUACCCGGGUCUAAUAGCCACCAAUGUUUCAACUCGAAACGCGUACCCGAGUCCGAGUAGUUCCCUAGUCAGGAAAAAAAUAAUAAUUUUCAGAUCCAAAUCGAAGAAGCCGCCGUGGAUAGUUCCGCCCUUUUUGCUGCCCACGACGCCGAUACUCAGACAGAAGUCGUCGUCAGGUUUUUUCGCUUUUCCAAGCAAAAACUUCGAAAAUUUUAUUCAGAGAGGAAAAAUCGCACCAGACGGACGAGAAGCAGUACACCGAGUGUGUCGUUCAGACGGAUCGCGUCGAAAUGAAAGCUACUGACGAUGUAAUUUUUUUUUUCCCGGAGUUUCAAAAUGGUUUUUCCACGUUGAAAGAGAUGUAGUUAGCGUCUCGAGCGUCUGCGUCCUUCUGUUCCCUCAUCGGCGAGGUCAGAGAGACAUGAAAACAGCGCGUCAACAAGAGAGGGUCGUCGAGAGACGAGGAGGGCGCAGAGAAGUCGCGAAGAACGCACUAUGCAUUAGAUUUACAACUACUUUUUGGAGUUUUGAAAUUCAAAAAAGUCUUGUGAUCUAGAAAAUUUUCGUCUCAAGACCUCGAAGAUUCUUUCAAGAUGUAGAUAUUGAAAUUUAGAAAAAAAAUAAUACGGAAAACAUUGGUGUGGACCAGUUGACUAGGCGGUGAACAAGGACCUUUUAAGCCAUAUUGAAUAAGAGCCUUUGGAGAGCUACAAGUCUAAAAGUGUAGUUGAUCAAAUUAAGUUAGGACGUUCAAACGUGUAGUUGAUCAAGCUGCAUCAAGAAGUCCAAAACUGUAGUUGAUCAAGUUGAAAGCAUGGUCUUACGGUUCUUCGCCUCGCCCUUCUGCGCUUAAAAAAUUCAGUUGCGUCUUGACGAAUAGUGAUAGAAGAUUAUAUCUGGCGCUACUCUUGGAACUAUAUCUCUAAAAUUGCAGCAACUGAAAGCCGUCGAGACGCAGACGGAAACAAUCCAACAGAAUGUCGUGGAGACGCAGACGAUCUACGUGGAAAGUGCCGAUGCGCAGGUCGCCACCGUCUCCGCUCCUGUUCUUGUGAGUAGAAAAAGAAAAAAUUUCAGAGACUUUUUGAGCAUUCAUGAUUUUUUUAAUUGAAUUCUUGAUGCUGUGUUAAAAAAAUUCCGCGAAAUGCAAAACUAUCUCUGUUUCUCUAAAAGUCUCUGACGGCUAUUCGGGAUUUCGCGAAAUCAUUUUAAACACGGCCUCAGAAUUUUUGAGCAAGAAAAAUAAUUCAACUUUUUUAGAUUUUGUUUAGAAUAUCGUUCUAGCUUAUCCAAUCCCAGCUCAUCAACAUGUGCACAUUAACUGCCUCAAACUCGACCAAAAUGAUCUUUGAACCUUAAUAAUUCGAUUGAAGUCAGUAAUCCAUGAAAUUUUGUUGACGCUAAAUGGAAAAAAUGAGAUGCGAAUCUAAUUACGGAUGCUGAAAGUUGCUGUUUAAUUAUACUUCUUUUUCUUUUGUCACAACAUUUGAGCAGAGUGGAAGCCAGAUAAUUGACUUUCAAUGAACAGAAAUACGAUUUUUGGGGUGAUAAUGAAAAUGAAAAAAAAUGUAUACCUCAUUUUCCAUGACUUGGAACUAUCGAGCCUGUCGAAAUAUUUUCUUAUUCUGAAAAUUGACAGGAGCAAUAUUUGAUAUAUCAAAUUGACGUCCUGGACGUCUCAAUCUGUAAAAAUGUCCAGAAAAUAAUGUCCAAAAAGAAAGAAAAAAACCUUCAAAAUUCGUCACAAUAACCUAUUUCAAGAGAAAAAACUUUUCUUUCUUAAAAUUAAAAAAAAAGUCCAAAACGGCUCCUGUAGCAUUUAAGAGCGAGGAACAGUAGGUUCGACGCAUACACCACGACGUAUAGUCGCACAAGCUUUUUUAGAACCUUGAUUCAACUUGAAUAUUCUGCUUUUUUCUUCUCAUUCUUAAAGAUGAACUUGCUUUUUUUGAAAACUUACAAGUUGUACAAGAUUUUUACCUUGUACAUCAGGGAGUAUCCUGGCUUUCUUUAAAAUUUGUACUGUGAAAUGACCUAUCUUAUUAGAUCAUUGAGCCCAACUAUUUCCAAAGCCAUUCAAAUCUGCUUGCGAAUUAUAUCAGUUAAGCUCCCUUGAAGAUUGUAUCCCGCAAUUUAGGAGUCAGAAAGCCAAACGGAGCACAUCCAGACGCGUGAGCAAGAGCUCCAGACCUACAUCGCCGAAUGCGUCGACGCAGAAGCUUCGACGGAAGUCGAGAUGAAGAGCAUCAGAAUCCAGACGCCGUCGCCGGUCAUCGAGCAGAAAUGCAUACAAACAGAGGACAUGGUUCUUGUGUUCAAGGAAAAUCUCCCCAUCUAUAAAUUAUCUGCAGGAAGAAUACCGAAAGUCGCCCUCGAAAAUGUCCUCGGCGAAGAAAAGGCUGAGGAGAGCUUUCGCCGGCAAAUCAAAGACCACCAGAAGCAGUCUUGAACAUCCGGCAAUGAGCGAGUGGCGGGUUAGUUGGAUGAGGAAAUUAUUGGAGAGAAAAUGGAAGAAAUUAAAGAGCUAUGAAAAACUUGUGUCGAAGACAUGAUAUAUUUAAAAAAGACUCUUUUUAAAAUGUGAUUUAUGAGUUUCAUCAAGAAAAUGUUGAGCGUCAGGGAAGAAAAUUUUGAUUCUGUGAAAAAUGAGGCGAUUAAAAAAAGUUCUCUCGCUUAAAAAAACCUAUUUCCUAUAGCAAGAAGGGGGUAUUUUUCAAAAAGUUCUUUUUAAGUUUUUUUUAACAGUCAGACCUUUUUUUAAUUUUUCAAAGACUUUGCAAAUAAGAGAAAGCGAUUUUGUGAAGAUUAUCUGUACAUCUUCCAUACCGCCUUUCAGAUUUAUCGAAAAUUAGAAAGACACAUUUGAUGAAACUGAAAUAGACCAAUAUUUAAACCUAAACGAUAGAUUGUGAAAUACUCGGCCCCUUCAAAUCUUUCAAUCUGUAUUUUCUGAGCUCAGUUUUCAUGGACCAUCAAAAAGGACCGCGGCUCAUUUGCUCGAAACGGGACAUCUGCCAUGGCAGAGUCGAUUUAUGCGUGUCGAAUCGCUUCCAUCCGUCAUUUGUCCCGACAUCUUUGCAUUUUGAUCUCCUCUAGGCGCUGAAUUAAUUCUGCCACGGCUUCAUUUCGCUUAAUUGUAGGCGAUUGUGGAAUAAUGGAGUUGCGUUUUGAGCUUGGUAUUCAUAAAAGUUGAAGUUGAGUACGAUUCCUAGAGCUCCUUGAUUUGAAAAUAAGAAAGUCUAAAUUUUCCAAAGGUGUGUGAAGAUUUUGUGUUAGAAAAAGCUGUUUUUUUUAAAAAUCUAAUUUUUAAUUUAGGAAGUCGACGAGGAUGAAGUUCAAGAAGACGAUCCAGAAGAAGUGGAAGACGAAGGCUCCGUCGAAUCUCUGCAUUGGGAUCCCGUCAGUUACCAAUUUCCAUGCCCCAAGAAAGCCAUCUCAACUCCUAAAAGGAGGCAUUUUAUGGAAAAAGAGAAAAAAAAAGUCGGCCUCAAAUCAAAUCUGAGGACGCGGCUCGGAUUACAUUUGCAGAUUCGGCUUUUUCCCCUCGUUUCCUUCGGAUGACCAAGUGUUCUUUGAUCUUUCGAUUGGAAAUUUUGAGAUGAACAUUUUGGAAUUCGAGAAAAAGAAAGGAUAUUUAUACAGGUGGACGGGAUGCACGCAGAGAAACAGCUGCCCGUGAAAAGGCUCAAGGCGCUUUUCGAUUCGCCGAAAGCCACCGAGUUGGAUCGCCGGAAAAUACAGUGAGUUUGAGGAUGUCAGCUAUUUUCGAGGUUUCGCAAGUUAGCUCCACCGAGAAACAUCUCUGAUUGGCUGGGAUCUCAGAUUUUGAAAACAGAAGCGCUCCGGAAGUUUUUUAGAAUUUCUAGUGAUACCUUUAGCGGCUUCAGAACUCUUAAAGGAUUACUAGAAAAACUGAGAAACGUACAUUUUGUGUUACCGACGUCCGAGAAAGCUUUUUUUUACGAGUUCCGAGGCCUGAUGAGCCAAUCAGAGACAUUUAUCAUUGGAGCAAGCUUCAAAUUUUGUAAAAAUAUAAAAUGAAAGUAGUGGAAUGCUUCCCUAUUGGUUUCUACCACCCUUGAAUGUGAACUCAAAUUUUUUUUCAUUUAAUUUUUUUCGAAAAAGAUUCAGUUCUGUCUGUAGUCUUUUUGAAUGGGAAAUUCAAUCUAUCCACGGAAAAAAGGCGAGAGAGCAGCGGCGGCUGAAGAGACACUAGAUAAUUAGAAAAAUCGUCUUUCUCUGGCGUCUCUUUAAAACUUCAUUUCUUUGCCGUUUUAUUCGAAAAUAAAUAUAACAACUUAUAUUUUUUUGUUUAUUAUAAUGCUGAUGAAACAUCUGAUUUAAGUUUCAUCAAUUUCAUCAGAAAAUUGUUAGAUUCGAUCCACUGAUACAUAUUUAUAGGGGACGAACUAACAGUGUACAUUCUCUCAAAAAUUGAAAGUUUUUUCUCAAAAAGGUAAGUUUUUAGAAGAGAUCUGUAGAGAAUUAGGCGAAUGUCGAGCAUCGAACUAACAUUUUCCCUUUUUUUAGAGAUUCGGAAUGAUAGAAUUUUUUUUUCUUAGUUACCGUGUGACUUCCCGAGGUUCAACAACUCGCAAAUUUGCUAACAAGGGGGUCAUUUUACUGAGAAAGUGAACAUUUUCUGAAACUUGUCCAGAAAAACUGUUCUUGAACGAGAUGAGUGUUGAAUAUGUGAAUUGAUAGUGAUCAAAUAAUAGAUCACGUGAGAGAUAUCCCAACUAAGAGUAUAAAAGAAGUCGGGAACUCAGAUCAUCAUCACUCGUACCGCCCCCGUUUCGCCUCCAGCCUCGCCGUCGCUUCAAGCCUCGGACUGACGACUUCUCGCCUCUCCUCAACUUCAUCUUUUUACCACACCUAGUUAAUAAAACUAUUGUGGGGUAAAAAAAAAAAACUUUAAUGUAUCUUGUGCGUUGUGCGUUAUCAGAAAGAAGAGUACCCCACAAUAGUUUUAUUAACUAGGUGUGGUAAAAAGAUGAAGUUGAGGAGAGGCGAGAAGUCGUCAGUCCGAGGCUUGAAGCGACGGCGAGGCUGGAGGCGAAACGGGGGCGAGUGAUGAUGGUCUGAAACGGGUACGAGUGAUGAUGGUCUGAGUUCCCGACUUCUUUUAUACUCUUAGUUGGGAUAUCUCUCACGUGAUCUAUUAUUUGAUCACUAUCAAUUCACAUAUUCAACAAUGAAGAAUCUGAAAAUCUCAAUCUGAAUUCAUCUUCAAACUUUUUGUGAAAGCAAGCUCAAUAGUUUAUGCUGAAAAACAGUAAACUCUGGAUUUUUUUUCCCCGAAACGUAAGAAAUUGUGAUAGAUGAGAGGUUCAGAACGUUUUUCUGGCAAGUAGAGAAAUUUUUGGCCAGGUUUUAAAGCUCUUGAAGUUGCGAAUAAAAUGAUCUCCCUUGUCGAAUUAUUUAAGACGUCUUUUGUUACUAUUACUGUCAUUGAUUACAAACCACAAGAUCAAAAAGUAACCAGAAUUUUCACGUGAGUUGCAACCUUCUACCUGCACUUCUACUCUACCUAACAUGGAAUCCUCCCCCUGAUUAACCUGUCUUUGCAGACGCAAGUUUUCGUCGUUCAGCAAAAGAGGCGAUAAUCGUUCAAGACGGACUUCCGAGUGA